AUGGUCGGGAAGUCUGCGUGCGGGAAGGUACGGCGAUCACUGCUGCUGAUCACUCAAAACAACGGGCUUCUGUUGACAAAAUUUACAACCUGUAAUGUUGGCGCUGGUUCAAGUAGAGAAAGUGAAAGUUUGGAGCGGCUGAAAAGGGUUUAGAAGUGGCGUGAAGGCGACGAUGGUGCCGUAAAAACAACAAGAGCGGCCCCUAGUGUACACCUGAGCGAACAACAUGGCCGACAUCGACAGGAUGUGACCUAUAUUGAGACAUCCGAUCUGGAAACUGAGGCGUCUAUACCAGCUUUUAUUCCUCGUCUGGAAACUAAGAAGUUCUCACAGUUGUCUCCGAUAUUUGGAAGAUAUAAGAGCCACAGAUUCAGCUGUACAGUAGGUGGUAGCCACCUUCUGUAGUGGGGAACCUAUGACCAGACUGAGUAUGGGCAGCCUCUUCAGUCGUGCUCCGGAGCAGGAUCCUGACUAUGCCUGGAGAAGACAGAACGAGGAGGAGCUAACCAACCCCCUGUACAAGUUUGUGAACCUGAAACGAGAGGGAGAACUGUUAACAGUGUUUGUGAACGAGGGAGAGGCUGGACUGAGGAGGUACUGCAAGGAACAGUUGGAGCCGUGCUUGUACAAUGGUGGAAAUGGGAAAAGGAUUGACAAGAAGGAGUUUGUCUUGUGGGAGGCACACCAGGCUGCAAAGGGCUGUGCCUUUGUGGAGACUCGCAGUGAGGAGGACAUCCUGGAUGACUGGAAGGAGGACAAGUUCAACAAGCUCCAGGAUCACGAGGCAUGCUGGGACCUGUACAGACGAGGAGGGGUCGGGGAGACGGCACUCCACCUGUGCUUCCUCAACAACACACACGACUUCACCAAGAUCGCACACGUGCUGCUCGACAUGUACCCAAAGUUAGCGCUGGAUUACUAUGAGGGAGAGGAGUACUAUGGUGAGAGCUGUCUGCACAUAGCUAUUGUACACGAUGCGCUGGACUCAGUCAAACUGCUUGUGGAAAAAUGUGGUGCCGACGUGAACCUCCGUGCUACUGGACGCUUCUUCCUCCCCGAGGACCAAAAGAAACUGAACAUCAUGACAAAAGCUCUGAUGACCACCGACUACAAGGGAUACGCGUACUAUGGGGAGUACCCGCUGGCUUUCGCUGCCUGUUUUGAUUCCCACGAGAUUUACGACUUCUUGCUGGAGAAAGGGGCAGACCCAAACAUGCCAGACUCUUUCGGGAACACCGUGCUUCACAUGCUGGUCAUUCACAACAAACCUUCCAUGUACAAGUAUGCCAUGAAGCACCCCUCCAAGCCGGCUGACCCCUACGUUAAGAAUAAGGAGGACCUGACUCCCCUCACACUGGCCUGUAAGAUAGGACGACCCGACAUGUUCAACACUAUCCUGGAACUGGGCUCACAGGAGUUCUGGUCUUACAGCAAUUUCACCUGCUCUGCCUAUCCACUCUUCUCUGUGGACUCUAUCACAGCGCAGGGGGACACAGACUGGAAGUCUGCCCUGAUGAUCCUCAUAGACGGGCGGAGUGAGUGGACCCUUCCCAUGCUGCAAGGAGGGGUCAUAGGUCAGCUGUUGGAAGAGAAGUGGAAAGUUUUUGGCAGGAGAACGUUUGGUCUGCAGCUGCUGUGGUUAGUUCUCCACCUGGUGUUCCUCAGUACAGCCGUGUACCUCCGCCCGGACAGUCUGGAACUCAUGGCAGGAACCACGGCUGGUGAUAUAGCACGUUACAUCACAGAGAUCCUCAUCGUGAUUAAUGCUGUCGUCUUCCUACUACUAGAAGUGAAUGAGAUUAGGAUGGUCGGUUUUAUGGGACUGCUAAAAAACAUUUUGAAUGUACCUGACAAGGUCCUGUUCAUGAUCGGCUGUGUGUGUAUUGUCCUGUGCAUCCCCAUGAGAUUCGCCAAGCUGGUGGAGGCAGAGGACUGGCUGUUGGGUAUAGCUAUUAUUGGCAGCUGGUUCUACAUAUUUUUCUAUUGCAGAGGUUGGACCCUGACUGGUCCAUUUGUAACCAUGAUUUACAAGAUGAUUGCUGGAGACAUGGCUAGAUUUGGGAUCAUCUACUGUACUUUCAUCAUCACAUUUGCUCCAGCAUUCUGGAUCAUGUUUCGAGACAAGCCAACAGAAAAGUUUGACUCAGAGUUUGGAUCACUGAUGACACUUUUUCAGAUGACUUUGGGGGAAUUUGAUUACCCAGUGUUUAACCUAGCAGAGUUCCCCGCCCUCGCCAAGCUGCUGUUUGUGGUGUUCAUGAUGCUGGUUCCCAUCAUGCUGCUCAACAUGCUCAUCGCCAUGAUGUCCAACACUUUCCAGGAGGUGGUUGACAGGUCUGAGAGGGAGUGGAGAAGACAGAAAGCCAAGAUCAUCGUCUCUCUGGAGCGUUCCUUCUCCAAGUCGUCCCUGCAGCAGUUCCGUAAGGACUACUCCAUCCAGCUGCGGCCGGACUCCGCGGUGCACCUGCCGGUCGAGCCCGGUCCUCACGGGCUGCGGGCACUGCUGGUCAUCAAGGAGGAGGCCAUGAGCAGGGCCAAGAAGAAGAGCGGGGUGGUGGCCAGCUGGAAGAUGGCCAUGAAACGGGUGUUGGCCAAAAAGCUCCAACAGUGCUCCAGGGUGAUCGGGAAGCAUGCACGUGACAAGCUCAGUCUACAAGCCCAGUCCCUACAGGACAAUAAAGGCAGGAAACCACAGGAUAAACCAAAUGGCUUCUUCCUGAAAAACCUGGAUGUCCACUCCCAUCUGCACGACAUAGUGGAGGAUGCAGUAGAAGAGCAGGAGGAGAGGGAAGAAGUGGAGAAAGAAAAGAAAGCUUCUGAAGGAGAAAGUCUAAAUCUACAGACAUUCAAUGUACAGGUGAACAGGAACAAUGAUGACAGGGAUGCUGUGAGCUGCAGUAGUACAGCCAGUUUGAUCCAAGUGGAAUCAGCACCAGAACCUCAGACAGCUACUGUUACUGUUCUGGAAAAUGAAAAGAAAGCAACAGUAGAAGGACACAUCAACCCAGCUUUUGAAGCUGAAGGGAAUGUUACAGAGCCUAAAGCUAGGAACAAUUCUCAGGAACAAUGAAAGUGCAAUGAU